GCUCGGGAACCAUCCGGAGGACGCAUCGCAGCUCUGGACACCGACGCGUCCCGGAUCAGUGGGCACGGGGAAAAGAAGAGAAAGCAAAGCGCGAAAAGGGGAAGAAAGAAGUGUCAGAUGAUGAUGACAUCUGAUCUAGGUGCUAGUUGAUCUAUCUUUUCUCUCACUGACAGCUCCGUGGACCUCCAAGCGCACAAGGAGUGACUUUUAAACACCUUUCCACACCGGGUCAACGUGUCCCACUGUCAUUUUUGGCGAUUUAAAUGGACGCUUUAAGUCCUUUACACGCGGUGGAGUCUACACUUUUACUAUGAUUUCCCCUUCCUUAUAGUGCCCACUCCUCAGCACAACUAGAAUUAGACGGAUAAACAAACCGCAUCUUGAUUCCUGUCGAAGCGCAAACAGUAGCGGAAAAGCGCACCCACGUUGUUUCCCUUGAAUCAGAGUGAAGUAUUCACGGGAGAACAAGUGCACGGAGUGGAGGUAAGAGACUGAUCCUCGGAGCUUCGGAGAUUUGUUGAUGUUUGGGAUCCAGGAGAGCAUCCAGAGAAGCGGCAGCAGCCUGAAAGAGGAGCCGCUGGGAGGCAUGAACGCUGUCCGGAGCUGGAUGCAGGGGGGCGGCGUGCUGGAUGCCAACACGGCCGCCCAAAGUGGAGUGGGUCUGGCCCGGGCUCACUUUGAGAAGCAGCCGCCCUCCAACCUGCGGAAGUCCAACUUCUUCCACUUCGUCCUGGCUCUGUAUGACCGGCAGGGUCAGCCGGUGGAGAUCGAGAGGACCAACUUUGUGGACUUCAUCGAGAAGGAAAAGGAGACGAGCGGAGAGAAGACCAAUAACGGGAUUCAUUACCGGCUGCAGCUCCUUUACAGUAACGGCAUCAGAACAGAGCAGGACUUUUAUGUCAGACUCAUAGACUCCAUGAGUAAACAGGCAAUUGUGUAUGAAGGCCAAGACAAAAACCCAGAGAUGUGCAGAGUGCUGCUGACACAUGAGAUCAUGUGCAGUCGGUGCUGUGACAAGAAGAGCUGCGGAAACCGUAAUGAGACACCCUCAGACCCUGUUAUCAUCGACAGAUUCUUCCUGAAGUUUUUCCUCAAGUGCAACCAGAACUGUCUAAAGAAUGCAGGAAACCCACGAGACAUGAGGAGGUUCCAGGUUGUGGUAUCAACUACGGUGAGCGUAGAGGGUCAUGUCCUCUCAGUGUCCGAUAACAUGUUCGUCCAUAACAACUCCAAACAUGGCCGACGGGCCCGCAGGCUCGACCCCGUGGAAGGAACGCCGUCUUACCUCGAGCACGGAGCCGCUCCCUGCAUUAAAGCCAUCAGUCCCAGUGAGGGCUGGACCACAGGGGGCGCUACAGUCAUCAUCAUAGGAGACAACUUCUUCGACGGCCUUCAAGUCAUCUUUGGUACCAUGCUGGUUUGGAGUGAGUUGAUCACGCCACAUGCCAUCAGGGUGCAGACGCCUCCGAGACACAUUCCAGGGGUCGUGGAGGUCACUCUGUCAUACAAAUCCAAACAGUUCUGCAAAGGCACACCUGGGAGGUUCAUAUACACAGCGUUAAAUGAACCGACCAUAGACUACGGUUUCCAGAGACUUCAGAAAGUCAUCCCUCGGCACCCUGGGGACCCGGAGAGGCUGCCAAAGGAGGUCAUUCUGAAAAGAGCAGCUGACCUUGUAGAAGCUCUCUACGGUUUGCCCCAUAACAACCAGGAGAUCAUCUUAAAGCGGGCUGCGGACAUUGCAGAAGCGCUCUACAGCGUUCCUCGAGGACACACCCAGCUCUCUGGCUCCACCCACACCGGUAUGAUGGGCGUUAACUCCUUCCCCGGGCAGCUGUCCGUCAACGUCUCAGAACCCACACAACCCAACCAAGGUUUUGUGCGCAGUAGCAGUAGUGUGUCUCCUCAUGGUUACGUGCCCAGCUCCACACCUCAGCAGACCAGUUACACCUCAGUCACCAGCACCAUGAACGGCUACACUAACAACGCCGGCAUGACCAACCUGGGAGGCUCACCCACUUUCCUUAAUGGCUCUGCAGCCAACUCGCCUUAUGCCAUCGUCCCCUCCAGUCCCACUAUGGCCUCCUCCACCUCCCUCCCCUCCAACUGCUCCUCCUCAUCUGGCGUCUUCUCCUUCUCUCCGGCCAACAUGGUGUCGGCAGCCGUUAAGCAGAAGUCUGCCUUCGCUCCGGUGGUCAGGCCCUCCUCCUCCCCGCCACCCUCCUGCACCAGUGCCAACGGCAACGGACUCCAAGAUCAAACAUUUGUGGACUCUAGCAAGUACUCAACAGCCAGCUCUCUACAAGGCCUGGCCUUCACCUGAACAAUCCCGGGAAUGAUUGUCCCACCCAUGUAAAGGUGUGAGUACAUGACUGAGUGUGUGUGUGUGAGAGAGAGUGUGUGAGAGUGUGUGUGCGAGAUGAACCAAGCACACUCACACCGACACCGGCGAAGGAUUACGGUGCGAGUCAGACUCCGGUCAGGGAUGGAAGCAGCUGUCCCGAACUGAAGGAACAAACCUAUCUCAGGCCCUUUCUAACAUAAAAAAAAAACAACUGCAAGAAAACAGACGAACAAAAAACAAAGACUGUUUGCGAGGAUAUAAGUUGUUUAGACUUUGUACACCUUGAUGCUUUUAUAGGAGAACCCAUUACGCCGACAUUAUAACUCUCCAUGGACACAGGAAGUGUAUUUAUUUUCAAGAGUAUCCACUUCCUCCCUUGAGUGAUUGUUGUUCCUUUUUUUUUUUCUUUUUGUGCAACAAUUAAUGUGUGAUAAUCAUCCUCGAACUGUAACCUACAUAAGGGAUCUCUAUUUAUGAAAUGUGGUCAUUAAUGAAGGAUUAUAAUGUGAAGAACAGAAAGCCACCUGAUGAUGAUGAUGAUGAUGAUGGUGAUGAUGAUGAUGGUGAUGAUGAAGAGGCUGCGGGACGGGUCAAAUCCAGUCGACACAGACAAGCCAAACCAGACACACACUUUGACUUAUUUUUUUGCCAAAUCCACAUUGAUCUCCUCUGCUGUUGCUGCAUUAAGUGAAUCCGCUGAAACAUUCAGGUGCUUCACCCCUGAAACUGAUACUGCAGUUUUAGCCAUUAAACAAAUCAUUUACUCAUACAUCUGCACUACUGCACCUGUUAUUCAUUUCCAAGAGUAAAUAAGUCUUUAAGCCAACAUUCAACAAACUAAGAAUAAAUGCAAGAUUCAAGAGGAAAACAGACCCGCUGCAGUGUUAAUUCAGGACAGAUCUGAUCUUUUUUGUCACAUUACAACCCAGUCACCAGAAUCAAGUGUUUUGUACAUUUCUGCAAACCAAGGAUGUGUACAAUCAACAUAAAGGAUUUCUGUCUUUUUGCUGUAGACAAUUGGGGUACAUGACAGAUUUACACAAUUGUUACAAAAGCAGAUUUUGCAUAUGAAUUCUGUAGGUUUAGGUGAUAAAAACACCUUGGUUAAGGUUAGGAAAAGCCCAAGGCUCAGUUUUUAUAUUACUACUUAUACCAUGAGCACACGUUAAUGACUUUUUCUCCAUUAAACUAAGUCCUGGUAUCUUUCUUUAACCCUAGCCAAGUGCUGUCAGCGCCUCAACCUAACCAUAAAAAUAAUUAAAUACGUACAUCUGAACACAAUUUCUCAAAGGAGACUGUUGAAAAGAGGAAAUAUGCCUCUGCUCACUCAAUACUUUGCAGAAGUUUUUUUGUGUACGAGCUUUCGGCCACAACCACACUCAUUUGGGAUACAUUUGGUUGGAUAUUUUUCAGCCCUGGCACCUCAACAGUGCAGUGUUUUUAAUUCAGUUUUGGAAAUCAGUUGAGAAAUUCCUGGAUUAGUUGAAGCACUUAAAAGAAUUGACGAAGACUGAGAUAUGUUCAUAUUAGUCUGGCUUGCUGUAAUGAGAAUGAAUCCUAUAUAGAAGCAGGAUUGUCAGGAUUCACCUUCCACUAUCUACUAUUAACCGCUUUGAAAAAAAUAACCAAACAAGGCUGCAGCUACACCCUGAAAUUAGCAAGUUUCGACAGACUUCUUUUUAUGUGGUGGAUUCUUAAGUAGAAAUUGUAACACCACAAAGUAACCUAAACAACCUGUCUAAUGUAACUGUUAUGUGUUGGUAUUGAGAUAACAAAGAAUGUGAGUAUAAGAGAAAAUGCUAGACAGUAAAUCUAAAACUGAAAUUUUCACAACCAGAAAAAUAAGUCACAUCCAGGAAAAUGCUCAGAUGUGCUUCCCAUGUACUUUAUCUGUAAUGUCAGAAGUUGUUUUUUGUUUUGUUUUGUUUUUAUUAUACCACCUGUUAAUUCCAUAGUUAAUUUGAAUCUAUACCACACCACAAAGUAACCUAAACAACCUGUCUAAUGUAACUGUUAUAUAUCAAUACACGAUCAUAGCAUCAUAUGCUCAGCAUCACCCAAGAAUUAGCCAAAGCCAGGAAAUUUUUACCCCUAUUCCAGAAUGAUAGUGGAGGGUGCCAGACCCUGUGAAAUGCUUAGAACGUUCUGGCUAUGUGACAGUAUCCUCCUAAAAAGCAUUGUUUUGAUUCAGAAACAUUGAGAUUUUGCAUAUCUAUUUGUAGAAAUGCAUAAAGGUGAUGUUUGAUUCUGGGAGCUGGUUUGUACAUAAUUAUACUGAGGCCAUUAAUACGUCCCCACAGAAGAGUGUGUGAAUACUGGGAGCCAACAGCUGCAUCACUGUAGAGGAUUUGACCCAAAAACUCUGCCAUUAAGCCCACGUAUCUGCCCUGUUACCACAUUGUCUGUUAAAAAGCCGAACACAGCCACAGCGGCCUCAACAAGAGGGACAGAUGUCUUAAAGACUGCUGCCAUUAUGACUCUGAUUUUGUCUUAACAGAUCGAUCUUUUUUGUGUUUUGUGUUUGCUGUGAUGUUUUCUGAACUGUGAUGAGCAGGCCAUGCAGAUUGUGUUUCCUUUGUCACCUGCCCAUUGACUUGGUUUGACUUGAUAAUGUGAGUGAGAAAAGUAGCCAAUGGUGUGUCUUAAAUAGCUGCACUGCAAAGAAUGUCACUAAAUCUUCUACUUAGUCUUAAUAUUACAAUUACAAAACAAAAGAUGAGAACAUUUAGUUUGUUUUAGUGGAAGUGAAUGUUUUUACUUGCCCGUAAGUUUGGUUAUUUUUUAAUAUAUAGCUAUAGCAGUUCACUGUACAAGGAUCCCAUACACUACCUGCUUUCUUAAUCAGCAAGUUGUUCCAGGGAACGUAAGGGAGCGAACAAGCAGACGUUUUUUGCAGUGCUGAAUUAGCCGGCGGUGUGUCUUAAAUACUCAGAAGAUGGUUUGUUGUGAAGUCACUGCUCCCUCAGCCCUGCAGUCUGAGUUUACAGCUCACAGUGCGUGAUGUGUGAUUCCACAGUCUUAACGUAUGAUCAUGUUAAUUUUGCCAAAGUCAUUACUUUGAGACUUAAAUGCCUAAACAGUCUUAUGCCACAUGCUUUUCAACACGUCCACUCUCAUCGUACACAGAAACAGCUUCGAUGCCAUACACUGUCCAGUCAUACAUUUCAGAUCUACAGCGGGUAGUGAUCAUAGACAUCUACCAUCGACAUGGUUUAAAGUUGACUGGACAGGAAACCAAUGUCACGCUCAGCAAAUUGUUUAAAUGAAGUAAAUCCCAAUAUUUUGGUUCAAACGCUUAAGAUGAAUAUGGGGGGAAGGGUCUUAAUUUAUGAAAUUUUACAAUAUGGUCAACAGUUUAUUCCUCAAAAAGGUAUUGUGAUAACAAAUAAUGUGAAUACAAGAUAGAAAAUGCUAGACAGUAAAUCUAAAACUGAAAUUUUCACAGCCAGAAAAAUAAGUCACAUCCAGGAAAAUGCUCAGAAGUGCUUCCCAUGUACUUUAUCUGUAAUGUCAGAGGUUGUUUUUUUGUUUUGUUUGUUUUAUUAUAGCGCCUGUUUAUUAAAAGCCAUAAUUCCACAGUUAAUUUCAAUCAAACUAAAACAAGCCAUGAUGUAUUUUUUUUUAUCAUUUGUAAGUUAAGGGAGCAGGAGGAUGAUUUUCAUUUGUCAUGGUGUUCAUAACGAAUCAAUUAUUGUUAAAGUUAGCAUGAUUUUGUUGCAUUAUCUAAGUGUAGAUUUUAUAAAUAUGUCUUUAUGAAUGUCUGUAUUUGUCUUCCAUGUGAUGGAUCCUAAGAUGGGACAGAGUUGUUUAAUGAAGACUUUCUUCAGCAGCUGAAAGAGAUGAAAAACUGUCUCCUCUUUCUGUCUCUUCCUUUCCUCCCUCAGCAGCCUCUUCUUUCGCUUCCAUCAGAUUUUCUGUCCUCCUUCUCUGUUUGCCCUCCUUUCUGCUCUCCUUUUACUUU